UCUCUUGUGAACUUGAUGAGGAAAUUCACAAAUCAAAGGAAUUUGCAUAGGCCGGCGGUUACAAGAUUUGCUACAUCUUUCAUUACUCUUGCUCAAUUUCAAAAGCAAAAGAGUAACUUGAGGAAGAUGGUUACUUCUCAAGAGUGGAAUACCUCUAAGUGGUCAAAGGAUGUGGGAGGAAAGAAAAUAGCAACAUACCUUUUGCGAGACACUUUUUGGAGAAAUGUCUUAUAUGCUCUUAAGUUGACCGGUCCACUAGUUAAGGUGCUUAGAAUUGUUGAUGGAGAGAAAAAGCCUCCUAUGGGAUAUAUUUAUGAAGCCAUGGAUAGGGCUAAGGAGACUAUCUCUAAGAGUUUUGGAAUGAAAGAGGAGAAAUACAAAGAAGCUUUUGAGUUCAUUGAUAAAAGAUGGAAUUGUCAACUUCAUCGACCUUUGCAUGCGGCCGGUUAUUAUCUAAACCCCGAGAUCCAUUAUGAUAAUGUUGAAAAUGUCGAAUGUGAAGAAGUGAUGUUGGGUUUGUAUGAUUGUAUUGGAAGGAUAGUUCCGGAUGUUGAAACUCAAGAGAAGAUUCUUUUGGAAUUGGAUUCAUUUAAGAAUGCCACCGGUCUCUUUGGUCAUUAUAUGGCUAUAAGACAAAGAAAGACCAAAUCCCCAGCGGAUUGGUGGUCUAGUUAUGGAUCUUCAACUCCCGACCUCAAGAAUUUUGCCAUAAAGGUUCUUAGCCUAACUUGUAGUGCUACGGGUUGUGAGAGAAAUUGGGGUGUUUUUCAACAACUUCACUCCAAAAAGAGGAAUCGGUUGGCACAAAGUCAUUUGAAUGACAUGGUGUAUGUGAAAGCUAAUCGAGCUUUAGAGCGUCGAUAUAAGAGAAAAGACACCAUUGAUCCCGUUCUUUUGAGAGAGAUUGAUGAGAGUAAUGAGUGGUUACUUGGGAGAAUGGAAGAGAAUUCUUCGGAUGAUGAAGGUGAUCUUGUAUUUGAGGGUGAUGACUUGACAUGGGCUAGUGUUAGUAGAGCCGCCGGAGCCAAUGAUCCAAUCUAUGGCACUAGAGGAGCAACAAGGGUUGCUAGGGAGUCCAUGCCAUCCUCAUCUAGAGUUGAUAAAGGAAAAGGUUCGGCUACUACCUCCACUUCUAAAUUUUCUCGUCGAGUUGUGAUUGUGGAUGAUGAUGAAGAGGAUGAGGAAGAAGAUAUUGGUGAAGAUGGAGAUUAUCUAGAUGAUGAGGAUGAGUAUGAUGCUAUAGAUGAUGAUGAAGAUUAUGAUGAUGAUAAUGAGCUCUAG